AUGUUAUUGAACACUGAGAGUAUUCCUUUCUACGCGCCUCGGGAUAUCCUCCCUUCCAGAUUGCCCUCGCAAGAUGAGAUUGCAAGAGCUUCAGAAGUCUUCAGCAAGCGGGUAGGAUGUGCGGUGGUCGGAGUCGGUCGUCACUACGUGGUGAAGUACGGCUGCCAGGUCGACCUCAACGAGGGCGAGACGAUGCUCCACGUCGCAAGGUUCACCACCGUCCGAGUCCCGCAGGUUUUCGCCCUCUUCCGUGACGAGGAGCACGAGAAGAACUACAUCAUCAUGGAGAGAAUAUGCGGGGAGACACUGGAGCGACUCUGGCCGAGUUUGAGUCAAGUGGAGAAAGAAGAGAUCUCUGCCCAUCUCAAGGCCAGCGUGGACGAGCUGCGACGCCUUCCUUCUCCGGGAGCGUUCUGCGCGCUGGAGCGCCGUCCACUCCCCGACGUACUGUUCCGAGAAUCGCAGGUCUUUGGCGACGAUCCUGGUAGUACAUUCGACUCAGAGGAGCAACUCAAUAGCUCGCUGUUGAAAGGGUAUGCGUCCUCGAUGCCUUCAUUGAGGGGUAAAGCCGAAUUCUAUCGCCGAUCAUGGCCCCUGGUGUUCCAUGGACAUUCACCAGUCUUUACACACGGAGAUAUCCGGAAGCAGAACAUCAUGGUAUCAAAAAACGAUCGAGAGUGGCGAGUACUGAUCCUGGACUGGAAGUGUGCAGGAUGGUAUCCCACCUACUGGGAGUACACACGGGCUCUUUUCGCGUGUGGACGGUUUGACGAUGACUGGGAUCUCUGGCUGCACGAAGUCCUGGAGCCCUUUCCUGAUGAAUACUCUUGGGUGUAUACAUUUAUGCUUGAGUUGUGGUCAUAG